GAACAACAGAACAACUUUCCCUGUAAAGGCGCGGUCAGGGCGGAGACUCGCGGAGGAGCGUCGGCUAGCCGGGAACCCGAGUGGGAGACUCGAGUGGAGAGGACCGAGUUGGGUCCGCUGGUAAUGUGCUCACAGAUAUCUGCCCAUCGCGGGUACGUUUUGGCCGAACUCCGGAGCUCUGAAGUGGAGUACGUUGACCGCCUUCGGGGACUGACUGAGGACUAUAUCAAGUACGUUCAGCUGGAACCCAAGGUGCCCCUCGGUUUGAAGGCUGAUGUACUUGCGAUAUUUAGUAACUUGUCAGAGAUUUUCACCUUCCACAACGAGACUUUUCUCCCUGCCCUUCGAGCUUGCAAGGAAGAUGACAUUGCAGCAAUCAUGCAAUGCUUUCUAACAAACAAAAGCCGUUUCGUUGCGUACAUGCAAUAUUGCAAGAACAAGCCCACGUCUGAUGCUGCCAGAGCUGAACACGAGACCUUCUUUCGGGAGCGACAGGUUGAGCUCGGACAGAAACUUAGCAUAGAGGAUUUGCUGAUCACUCCUGUUCAGAGAUUCACAAAAUACCAGUUGCUGCUUCAGGAUCUUCUCAAGGAUACCAAGAAGAUGAACGAGGACAUCUCUCUUAUUGAGGCAGCGCUAAAGCUGAUGAAACAUAUUCCACGAGAGACCAACAACAUCAUAUGUAUGAGUAUGAUACGUGGUGUUCACCGCUCAAAGCUGGUAGGUCACGGCUCUCUGUGGCUCCAGGACACACUUCAGUUCUGGAGCGAUAAAGCACGUGGUGGAGUCAAGGGUGAACCACGGCAGAUCUUUCUAUUUGACCAUCGUAUAUUUGUCACCCUGCCUGUCAAUAGUGAUGGGUUCUUUGACUACCAACUGGACAUUAAGACCCUUCAGGGAUCUCUGUUUGAAGAAAUAAAGGCAGAGCCACUGCGGUUCUCAUUCACAGCAUCAGAUAAAUCAUGCUUUGUCUUUAAGGCAGCAUCAGAAGCGGGGAAAGCAGAAUGGCUGUCAGCCAUGAAUUCAAUUUUAGCUUCACAGAGCGAAAUGAUGAGAGCCUUGGUGUUUGGCAAGCCUGCCACACCCAGAGUGCCCCAAGGUCGCCCAUCAUUAAGCCUGGAAUGGCAGGAUUCAGACUCAAGUGUUGAUUCAGUCCACUCUAGUCCCGUUGGGAGCCCUGAAGAUCCAGACUGGCCUACCAGUCCUGGAUAUGAGAAACUUGACAAUCCACAGAGAGACUCUGCAAAUACACUGAGCCUUCCCACGUCCGUGUCACACUCUGCCAGCUUCUCUACCUCUCGCAAACUCUUCAAACCAAGGUCCUUGUCAUUGGCUGCCACACUCUCCCCCAAGCUGAUAGCUCGCUUCAAACGAAGGCCCACGUCCGUUAGUCAACAACUAGACCAAAUUGCCAUGCCCCAUCACACCUCCUCAGAAGAAAGGAGGACCGAGGUAGGUAAGGAGGGAACAUUUAGACCUCUGCCAUGUCUCUCUGUGGCUACAGGUCUCCAGGCUCAGCUCUGCCAGCAUUUGACUCUGUGGUUAGGCCCGGGGGUCUGCUAGUGGCGAAGGAUGCUGGAGAGAAAAAGGCAGGGGUGUUUGCUGGUCAGCUGGCUGUUGUCCGAGACAGCAGCGGAGGUGAAGACUUGAGUGUGACUCUACUUACUGGCCUGGAAGUAGGACAGGCUGCGAGUCUGCCCAGAUGCCAACUGGAGCUUUACGCUGCCCCGGUGUCCAGACAACUAAUAUCUGCUACCUACUCACUGGGAAGGGAGCUGGGAAGGUAUGCUACACAGCUACUGGCUCUCCUCUAUCCCAGACACUCUCUGCAUGCAGAGGGAGGUUCAGUAAGGUCCACAAGGCCAAGCACAAGGGAACUGGUGGUCGGCAUGCUGUAAAGAUUGUGAUACCUGAAGUUCACGAGGAAGAUUUUGAACAUGAACUCUGUACAGUGUUUCACCUCAAUCAUCCCAACAUUGCCCGUUGCCUUGGUGGGUGUCGUCAACCACAGAGAGAGGGCACUCGUAUUUGAAUUAGUGAAGGGAAGGGGUUUACUGGAACAUUUGGUACACAAGGGUAAAGUGACAGAUGCUGAUGUAGCAGGGUUGUUAUGCCAGCUUCUGAAGGCCCUGGCAUACCUCCAUGCUCGCUCCGUGUGCCACUUAGACUGCCGGCCACCGAAUGUACUAGUCCAAGUGACCCAUAAUAUAGAGAGAGUUAAACUAACUGACUUUGGAGCUGCCAGACAUUUUGGGUGCAGCCAUCAGAUACUGCCUCUGGAGCACUCAUAUGAGAGUCCAGCUAGUUACCACUACCUAGCCCCUGAGGCUUCCAGCAGCAGCCACUAGCUGCACCUGCAGACAUCUGGACUGUUGGAGUCGUGACAUUCAUCAUAUUCCAUGGGAAAUACCCAUUUGUUGGAGACACUGAGGCAGCCACCACUGCAAAGGUGCUAAGAGGAGCCCUUGUCCUUCCUAAUGAAGGCACUUGCAGCCAAAAUGUGCGAAGUUUCAUAAAAGCUACACUCACACAAGACCCCUUGUACGUGAGUACCAUUUUUCAUUAACACUGUUACGGAGUUGCUUUUUGUGCACACAGCACGCGCCCCUCAGCUGCUGCAGCCGCUGCAUCCAAGUGGUUUAAGGAGGACCACUCGACUGCAGGGACAGGGCCUUGGCUAGUAAACAAUUCACUCAUAAAGCACUUUUUGUCCAAUGAUAAAUCGUGAAAUUUUUAGUGUGUGUAUAUAGUCAUCGUCAUCUGUAAGUGUUGUAUCACUAUAUAGUCUGUGGCAGUCUAAAAAAAGUGAACUGAA